GGCAUGGCAGAGGUGUCGCCGCUGUCGACGGGAUUGCUCCUCCCCGAUGCUGUGCAGAGGAUAUGCGAGGAAGGACAAGCUUUGAGAUGGGACCAGGUUCACGGUUGCUAUGAGGUUAUCGAUGGCGAGCUCUUCUCUCAGAGGUUCGAUGAGCUCAGGAGGAAGAGGGACAGGGACGACGGAUCUAAUGGGAGGCCAUUUAGUAGAAUGCACAAGUAUUACAAACUUGAGUCUGGUGAAAGGUGGGCCAAGACAGGCGCAAGAUUCACUCCGAAGAAUCCCCUCCUUCUUCGGAACCUGCAGGCUGCACAUCUCUCUGCCCCCGCACAUUCGAUUCCCCAUAACCAACCUGGAAUCUCAGGGACAAGCCAGUUCUUAGAGCAUACUCUGUUGGAUGCCUAUCAAGCGCCCGACAUGGACCGCGUUCUCGACAAUAUCCCAACGGUUCCGUCUGCUGUGCCUACGCAGGAACCUUGUCUCGGCAACAAUCCUUAUAGUUUCUUGGACGCGACUGAGGCUCAAGAAAAUUUGAGCGGAAACAAACGUCAGCGCCAGGACGAGGCAGGGACGAGGAUCUCUUCUUCUAUGCAGAAUCAUGUGGUGUAUCCCGCGCAUCAACAGCCAGUCACACCGGCAAUUAUCGAUGGAGAGAACGUCAAGAUCAAACUUCGUUCAAAAAUGCCUUACGUCGGCGAGACCUUCGAGGUGUCUUUGCAGGUAUUCCUGGAUGCAAUUGAUGCAGGAGGGCAGUACUUCAAUUCACAGUCUGUGAAGACACAAGGCUCUACCACUAAUGGAGGGUCGCUGAGCCCUGAAGA